AUGUUGAGCAAGAUCCGGGAAUGGUUGCAAGCACCCUCAGGCGCACACGUGCAAGUGCUCUCUGAUCUUCACCUGGAGGUUGGCAGCCAAUACGCCACGUACACCUUUCCUGUCGCGGCACCCUUCCUCCUGCUAGCAGGGGACAUUGGUCGCCUCGUCGACUACGACGGUUAUCUCGAGUUUCUCACCGCACAAGUCUCGCGGUUCGAAAAGGUGUUCUUGAUCCUGGGAAACCACGAAUUCUACGGCCUGGAAUACCAAUCUGGACUUGCCGAGGCGCACCGACUCUCCAAGGAGCCGGCAUUGCAAGAAAAGCUGGUCCUCCUGCACAAGUCACGCUGGGACGAUCCUAACUCGAACCUCACCAUUCUCGGCUGCACCCUCUGGUCGUCCGUCUCAGAGACGGCACUUGAGAUUGUCGAAUACAAGAUUAGCGACUUCAAAAAGAUCCAGAACUGGACUGUUCACGACCAUAACCGCGUUCACGCAGAUGAACUUGAAUGGCUUCGCGACCAGGUUCCCCUGGCGAAGGAGAGCAACCGGACGAUUCUAGUUGCAACGCAUCACGCCCCGUGUUUAGAGGGAACCUCACGACCAGAAUAUGCGCAGAAUCCGUGGACAUCGGCCUUCGCCAGUGAGCUACUAGGCGACAACAGCUGGGAAGGCGUUAAGUUCUGGGUAUUUGGUCACACCCACUACACGACGAGGUUUACACGACGAGGAAUUCAGUUGGUCGCGAAUCAGCGAGGAUAUGUGUUCCCAGGCUCAGCGCAUGUAGAAUCAGGAGAUUCAACGACGAAGGGGAAGAAGCAAAAAAAUACAUUCGAUCCAUCUUGUACCAUCAAAAUGUAG